UACCAACCCCCAUUUGCUGUAAAACAGUUUAAGAUAAAUAAAUAAUAUGGGUGCAAAAUUGGUAAACUCCAGUCUAGCGGAACCAUAUACAUAGUUCUUACUGGCUGUACGGAAUUUUCCUCACGAACCACCCGGAAGUUGGUGUUGACAUUUCAUAACAAAAAUGAAUGAAUAAGAGUAUGAUGUGUGUUACCCUGGCGGAGUAAUUCGUAAGGUUGUCACCGAGUGUCCGGUAUGUGUAUUUAGGAAACUUUUAAAAGUAGAUGCAGACAUUACAUGAUUUUAGACAUCUCUAGCUGUCUUUAUCAGCUAACGUUGACGUUUGAGAAGUGGCUAUCCAUAUAUGCUAACAGGAUAAACUUAAGAUACCUGCACAUGAACUUACCUAAGCACACGAAGUGACCUAAGAUACCAAACACAACCGUAGCUAAUUAAGGCAUUAAGGCUUGUAUUUCGGCGUAAUAUCUGAGCCAGACGUGGAGGACAAAGUCUGGCUAGUGUAAACGUCAGGGAUGAGAGGUUGACCAGGGCUGUUAAUCAUAUCCUGAACUCUUGCUUACUACAUACCUAUUAAGGAUAGCUAAGUAAGUAGCGAUAUGUACAAGUUAGUUUCGUACGGCUAGCCUAUGGAAUUGAAUAAGCAGAAACGUUAAAGUUUUAAAUUGUUUGGCAUUGCAAAGUAUGACUCGCUGUCAAGAGAAAACUGGCAAUGGAAUCUAUGUGUUUACUUUCAGGAAUGAUAAGUGUAUAGAUAUCUUAAUAUUUAGCCAGAUCAUUUAGGCAAGUAAAACCCACAAUGGCAGCUCUCACUGCAAGAAGCUGCCUUCAAAACUUGAGGUGCUCCGUACGUCAGUUAGGGCUUUUCACUGCAACUCGCCUUGCUCCUCACGGAUCGCGGCUUGUCGAGUGUAGAGCUGCUCCUCUGUUGACCAGAGUGCCUAAGAUUGCGCUGUUAUGUUGGGGCGCUGGACAGUGUAUUUCCACUGCAGCAAGCUGCCAGGAGACCUUGCUCCCACAGCUGACCGCGGAGAGGAAGUCUAUCGCUAGAGUGCAGGUUCACAAGCUGGUGUUUGUCCUGCGCCUGAGUCUGCGAGCUGUGGUGCUCCUGCUGAAAUUUGGACCGCUGCUGCUGCUCUUCCCGCUGAGUUGGGUCUCACAGCGUUGGGCCUCCCGCUGGCUGGAUGCCCUGCUGUGGGUCACGGAGACCUCAGGACCAACCUUCAUCAAACUGGGACAGUGGGCCAGCACCCGCCGGGACAUCUUCUCACAGGCCUUCUGCGACCGUUUCAGCAGGCUGCACGUCCAUGUCCGUCCCCACUCCUGGGCACACACCAAGCGCUGCCUGACAAGGGCAUUCGGCGAGCACUGGAGGCAGCUCUUUGUGAUCGACAGAAAGGAGCCGGUUGGAUCUGGUUGCAUAGCGCAGGUGUACCAGGCCAAGGCCAGAGUCGGGGCUGUGGAGGAUCCGGCCUUCCAGCAGCUGGUGGAGGAUCUGGAGAGAGAUGACCUGCUGGAGGCCUGGGAGAUCCCUGGGCUUGGUGGAACUCUAAGUUCACUGCAGGGAACAGUAACAGGUGAAGAAGAACCAGCUCAUCAAACUGGAGAGGAAAAAGCUGCUAAAUGUACUCAACGAGAACCUCCAGAAAAUGAACACUUUAUACCUGUUGCUAUUAAGGUACUUCAUCCAGGGAUCAGAGGACAGGUAGAGAUAGACCUACUCCUCAUGAGGGCAGGGAGCUGGCUGCUCAAUUGCCUCCCUGGAGUCAAGUGGCUCAGCUUGCCUGAAAUUGUGGAGGAGUUUGAGAAGCUCAUGACCAAACAGAUAGACCUCCGUUAUGAAGCAAACAAUAUUGAGAAGUUCCGGGAGAAUUUCCGUGAUGUGAAUUAUGUCAAGUUUCCCAUCCCCCUGAGACCAUUUGUCACCAGGACCGUGCUGGUUGAGACCUAUGAGGAGAGUGAACCGAUUUCCAGGUAUCUCCAGGGAGAUGUCCCCCUGGAGCUGAAGCAGAGAAUAGCCAGGAUGGGAGUGGACACACUGCUAAAGAUGGUGUUUGUGGAUAACUUUGUUCACGGGGACCUACACCCAGGGAACAUACUGGUGCAGGGGAACCAAACAAGCUCGUCACAGGACAAGGCCACACUGACAGACCUGUGGGACACGGUCGUGGUGAGCGUCAGGCCUUCCCCUCCCCCGCUUCAGCUGGUGCUGCUGGAUGCUGGCAUUGUAGCUCAGCUCAGCGAAAGUGAUAUGAGGAAUUUCCGUGACGUCUUCACUGCGGUCGUCCUGCGGCAGGGCGAGCGAGUGGCUGAGCUGAUCCUGAACCACGCCAGAGCCAACGAGUGCCAGGAUGUGCCGCGCUUCAAGAAGGAAAUGGCCCAGCUGGUGGACCAAGCUCUCAGUGAUACCCUUUCUCUCGGGAAGAUCCAGGUGUCUGAGUUGCUUUCCCGUGUGUUUGGGUUGCUCAUCCAUCACAAGGUGAAGCUGGAGAGCAACUUUGCC